GUGAUAUACUAGAACGCAUUUCAUCUAGUAAAAUGGCGGCAUUGACAAAUAAAGAAAGAUUUUUUCACGUUUCCGAAAUUUUAUUUCAACAAGUUAUAGCGGUGUUUGUGUUGCUUAUAAUAUGGGAAUUAUUCAAAUCAUACAGUAUCAGUUCAAAACACACGUGGCAUAUCGUAAUGUCCGUCUUAGGGCUUGCAUUAUGUAUGGCUGAAGGUAUACAAAUAUUUAGGAGAGAGAGUAUAGUAACUUUUGGGCAUUCCAGAGAAGAAAAGAGAACUGCUCAUUUGGUUAUGAUGGGAUUGGGAUUCGUAAGUUUAACAAUUGGAAUUUCGUUAAGGAUAAGCGUAACAGAAGAUGCUUCCAGAAGUCAUUUUAGUUCCAUACAUGCACAACUAGGUUUAACAACAUGGAUACUUUCCUUCGUUUCAGCAAUGGGAGGUUCGAUAUCUUAUUUUUUCCCGACUUCUUUCAAUCCAAGAAUCAUCAAAUUACUUCACAUUUUCAUCGGCAUCAGUACCUUUAUAAUUGGAAUAACGACCCUAAGUUUGGGAAUUAAAAAUUAUUUGUUAUCCGGUUUUCAAAGGGGAUGGAUCACAUUGAUAGUCCUGUUGGCUUUAUACGGCUCUUAUUGUUUGAUUAGUCCUUUAACGUCCUUUUUUAAUUACCUAAUCAGCAAAUAAAUUCAAAUAAAGUUUAUUUACUUCUAAAAA